UGUUUGCUCACGCAAUUGUUGUGCUCUUCCCUCCCUCAUUUCAUUCCAUCCAAAAUCCAAAUCUAGAGAGAGAAAAAUGGUGAAAGACAGGAAAAUCGGAGUGGCGAUGGAUUUCUCCAAGAGCAGCAAGGCGGCGCUGCAGUGGUCGAUCGACAAUCUCGCCGACAAAGGCGACACAUUCUACAUCAUCCACAUCAAAUCUCACUCCUCCGAUGAAUCGCGCAACAAGCUCUGGGCGGAAUCCGGUUCUCCUCUGAUUCCGUUGUCGGAGUUUCGUGUGCCUGAGGUGAUGAAGAAGUACGAUGUGCCUACUGAUAUCGAACUUCUCGAUAUGCUGGACACUGCUACUAGGCAAAAAGAGAUAACUGUGGUGACGAAGUUGUUUUGGGGAGACGCGAGAGAGAAGAUCUGCGAAGCUGCUGAAGAUAUGAAGCUCGAUUCAUUGGUUAUGGGCAGCAGGGGCCUCAGCACCAUCAAGAGGAUAAUUCUUGGAAGCGUGACGAACUACGUGAUUUCAACUGCAACCUGCCCAGUCACUAUAGUAAAGGACUCCGACUUCCACAAGAAGUGAUUUUUUGAGAUAUUUGUGAUUGUAAUAAUUCAACAACUCAUCAUCCUCUUUCGCUUUUGCUAAUAAGAUGUGGCUUAUGACUUUAUAUGGGGUA